AAUACUUCCUGGCCAUUAUACGGUACUUAGUGUAUAGCAGAAUGUUCACUCUGAGAGCUUUUCACCACCGCAAAGUGAUGUUUUAUUUAUUUUUUCUACUCAUAAUAUGUAUCAUAUUUUAUGUUUUCAUAUCUUUAGGAGCAUAUUAUGUGGACUCAAAAAAAUAUAUUUUGCCUGCUGGGUCUGAAAAAACAAACAUCGCCAAAGAUAUCAAGAAGAGAGAAUCACCUCUAAAUGAUGAACCUCCUGAUGCACAGGAGAUCCAGAAAAAUAUUGGUGAUGACCAACAGCAAGUCAAAACAUAUAAGGGUCGAGUGAAUGUGCACGUUUUUGAAGACUGUUGCGGUGGAUCCCUUAAUCAACUCAGGAAUAACCUGCUCUAUCCGUUAUUUCCCAAUGUGCGUACUACAGUUAGCAGACUUGCUGUGGCACCUCAGUGGAACAAUUAUGGUCUGAGAAUCUUUGGCUACAUCCAUCCUGCAGAAACUGAUGAAUAUAUGUUUGCUGUUUCCUCUGAUGAUAACUCAGAGUUCUGGCUCAGUUUAAAUGAAAGUCCGGAAAACCUUAAACGUCUCGUCUAUGUUGGUGAGACAGGAAAUGAAUGGACUGCUCCAGGCGAGUAUUGGAAAUUUGCAUCCCAGAUCUCCAAACCUGUCUUGUUAGUGAAAGACAUGAAAUAUUUUUUUGAAAUCCUCUUAAAACAGAAUAGCGGAAUGGAUCAUCUGGAAAUAGCUUGGAGUUUAAACCGUGACAAUAGCACUUUUUCUGUGAUAACCUCCGAGUUUUUAUCAUUAUAUGAAGAUGAAUCUUCUCUACAAAUGGGAGAUAUUGAUCACAUACCUCAAACAAAAGCAAGUUACGAUAGGCUCCUUGAGCCCAUGUCACCCCAUCCUGCAGGAGACCCAAUCAGAGAAGACCCACGAGAUCACAUCUAUAAAUACCAAAUUCUAGAUGAAUCCUACCUGAAAGGCUUGUUUCCUGAAUGCCAUUACAAUCCAAGUUACAUACUCAAUAAACAAAUUGAAAGAUAUGAGGGUGUAUAUUUGGUUCAGUUUUCGUCAGUGUAUCCAAAUGACUACACGAGGCAAACUACUGCAAACAAUGAUGAGAUGUGCUUCUACAGACAAGAUCCAUCAUUUCAGCCAGAUAAAGGACUUGCUUCUUAUCUGACCGAGGUUGAAGACCCUGAUGUAAAAAUGCUAAAUACAGGUCCUGAAGGUCCUUUCUGGCAGCGUGUCUAUGACGUAAAACCCCUCAAUGUUGCUUCAAAGCAAACCACCUCUGUGGGAAAUUCCUGCAGAACAACUGGAAACAUUGUGAUGUCCCAAAGUCAUGCCAUGCCAAUUGUUAGAGCCUUUUUAAAUGCAUUGCAUUCAAGUGAAGAGACACGUGGCUACUCCCUGUUACGUGUUGUGAAUGUUGUAAGGCGUGAAGACAAGGACGUGGGCAGCCGUUAUCUGGUGGAACUUGAACUUGUGGGCCCACAAGGUCAGAAAGCUCUUGUUUCACAUUAUGUUUAUGCACCGGCUGAGGAUUCAAAAAAGCAAACAAUUCUCUGCAGUCCAAAAGCCUUCAGCUGGAAUCCAUCUGCUACUGUUCAUAUUAUCGUGGCAGUGAAAAAUCAGGCCAGAUGGAUCAUACAGUUUAUCAGGGAAAUGGAAAAAGUGUACAGAGCAACUGGGGACAAAAACUUUAAUGUAAUAAUUAUAGAUUACGACAGCUCUGACAUAGAUAUCGAGAAAAGACUCAAAAAGUCAACAUUACCAAGCUACAAGUUUAAGAAGAUGGAUGGUAAUUUUCAAAGAUCAGGUGGCCUUCAAGCUGGAAUAGAUCUUGUUGAAGAUGAGCACAGUAUUUUGUUCCUCUGUGACCUGCACCUCUACUAUCCUGUAAAUAUAAUAACCAGUAUACGAAAACAUUGUGUCGAAGGAAAGAUGGUCUAUGCUCCAGUUGUGAUGAGACUGGAUUGUGGUGCUUCCCCGAUAGCCCCAGCUGGUUCUUGGGAGGUUUCUGGUUAUGGUCUGAUGGGAAUCUACAAGUCAGACAUGGACCGUAUUGGUGGCAUGAACACUAGAGAAUUCAAAGACAAAUGGGGCGGUGAAGACUGGGAGUUAUUAGACAGAGUACUAGGUAAUGGGUUAGAGGUGGAACGACUCCACCUCAGAAAUUUUUUUCACCAUUUUCAUUCUAAACGUGGAAUGUGGGAAAACAACAAUCAAGGCUAAAAGCAAAUGCUCAAUUUUUUAUUUUUUUAAACCAGUGGAGCCUAAACCUUGCCACCACAGAUAAUCACUUUGGUCAAUCUCACAACUCAAUCACGCAAUCAUCGUCGUGGAAGUCACUUCAUGGAUUCAGCUCAGAGAAGUCAUGGAUGGAUCUGAUUGUGACAACCAGUAUUGCUAGCUAUAAGGAUAUGCUACCAACAUAUUAAGGAUGUAAAUUAAGGUUAGAGGUUAGCAUUUGUUUCAGCUUUGUGUAGACACUAGAUCAUAUUUACACUUCUCUAUGCAAAACCAGUUUCAUUGUGUUUUUA